CCAGUGACAGAGGGCGUGUUUUACUAAUUCUGUGAGAUAAAGAGAUUAGAUAGAGUGUUAGAGAGUGAUAGCAGGACGAGGAGCCCUCUCUGGCAUCAUCAUCCAUUCUUUUCAUUGAAAAAUGGCGUUUGCGGAAAUAUUUCAGAGAUGUCUCACAAAUACAGAUAACUGGACUUAAAUCCCUCCUGUAUCGGACCAUGUGACCACAAUACAAGAACAGGACUUGUUGUCGUUUUGCUGCUACGGCCAACAUCUUGCCUGUGUAAAAAUACCCCAGGACUAAGCCUCUUAUGAGGUUCUCUAAAAAACAUCUCUCCCCUUCCCCCAUCCCCUUUCCUGUCCCUAACUGAUCAAAAUCCCUGAACCAUCUCCUUCCUUCAACUUUGACCUCUCUCCCCAUCCCUGGGUGCUUCAGGGGACAAGAGUAGUUUUUUUGUGAUCUUUCCCCCCCUCUCCUUCCUAAACAAGAUGGCUGUCCUCAAGGUCACAUUCACCAAGACCAAGCGUGACAAGCUGGCACAGGUGCUCUGGGUGCUGAACUGGGUGUCGGUGAUCACAGGUGUCACCCUGUUCAGCCUGGGACUCUUCCUGAAGGUGGAGAUCCUCAAACGGCAGGAGGUGAUGUCCGACGACAUCCACCCCGUCCCCAACAUGCUGAUAGGCGUGGGCCUGGCCGCGUGCGGCAUCAACUUCCUGGGCGGCAAAAUCUGCUACGACUGCGUGGACACGACCAAGUUCCUGCGCUGGAAGCUCAUCAUGCUCCCCUACAUCAUCUGCACGUUCUUCUUCACGUUCUGCAUCCUGGUAGGGGCGCUCAUGUGUUGCUUCAUGCAUCAUGAGUUGGAGAGAUCCCUCUACCUGGGGUUGCAUAACGCUAUGCGCUACUACAAGGACACGGACAUACCCGGGAGGUGCUACCUGAAGCGCACCGUUGACAUGCUGCAGCUCCAGUUUCAGUGCUGCGGAAAUGGGGGCUACCGUGACUGGUUCAAUGUACAGUGGAUCAGCAACCGCUACCUGGACAUGAGCAAGAGUGAGGUGGUUGACCGCCUGAGGAACAACAUCCAGGGGAAGUACCUGAUGGACAGCGUCCCCUUCAGCUGCUGUAACACGUUCUCGCCGCGGCCCUGCAUCCAACACCACGUCACCAACAACUCGGCCCACCACAACUACGACUACCAGACGGAGGAACUCAACCUGUGGCAGAGGGGCUGCCGUCAGGCCCUGCUGGAGUACUACACCAACAUUAUGCAGUCCAUCGCCAUCAUCGUCAUCACCAUCUGGCUCUUCGAGCUUUUUGUUCUCACGGGGGUCCGCUACCUCCAGACGGCAAUGGAGAACGUUGUGCAGCUUGGGGACCCCGACUCUGAAUCUGACGGUUGGAUCCUGGAAAACAGUCUGUCAGAAACAGCUCGCUAUAACUUCAACAUAAUCAAGAAUCUAGGCAAAUGCUGCCACGUUGGGGACGACCCAAAUAUUGACGUGCCCAGCACUGACCCUGGACAGAAUAUUCAGGAGACAGGGCCCUCAAGGCAGAUACCCCUCCCAAAAUGAGCCAUUUGGGUAAAAGAUUAAAGUAUGUGGACCUGUCAUUUGGCAGUAAGACCAUGGAGAAAAAUGGAGUCGUCACUGCAACCAUCAUGAACAUUUCCUUUUCAUUUCUGCAGCUAACGCAGGGAGGAGUCACAGCAUUGAAGAAUUGCAGCUGCCUUUUAUAUUACAUUACAUUGGUGUCUACUUUAUCUUGACAAGGGAGAGAGAAAGAGUUGUAUGGUCUGUUAGAAGCGAAAGCAUUUCAUAUUCUGUACAUUCGACUCAAUCACUUGCCUGAACUUUAUCGUUUUGCCUGUAAUUGAAUUGAUCACAAACAAGUGCGUCUAAAAGGAACACUUG